AAUCAAAUAAACAAGAAAAACAUCAAUGAAGAUCUUCACAUUAGAACUAGAGAUUGUGGGCGGGGCUUGCGUGAAAAGCAGCCAAUCGGGGGGAAAGCGCCCUGCAGCCGCUUGUGUACACUGGCGCGUCACUGCCACGUAGAGGAGAAGCUGCGGCAGCCUCUGUGCUUCAUGUUUUUUUUUCUGAUGAUCUGCGUCUUUCUGCUGACAUUUAGCGUGUGAGCAUGCUGCUGAUUCUGCUGAGCCUGCUCGGCUCCUCCAUGCUGGCGUCGGCCAGCGGCGGCAAGCUGCCGGAGGCUGAGGUGGAGAUAGAGGUUCUGCACAGGCCGUUCAUCUGUCACCGAAAGUCCAAGUACGGAGACAUGCUGCUGGUGCAUCAUGACGGCUACUUUGAGAACGGGACCAUGUUUUACUCCAGUCAGACGCACGGUGAGCAAUCAAUGUGGUUCACGUUGGGGAUCAGGGAAGUAAUCAAAGGCUGGGAUCUGGGGCUGCAGGACAUGUGCUCAGGAGAGAAGAGGAAACUGGUGAUACCUCCAGCCCUGGCCUAUGGGAAAGAAGGGAAAGGUAAAAUCCCGCCCGAGAGCACGCUGACCUUCUUGGUUCAAUUGCUCGAAAUCAGAAACGGGCCGAGGUCUCACGAGUCCUUCCAGGAGAUGGACCUCAAUGACGACUGGAGGCUCUCCAAACAUGAGGUGAAAGAAUAUCUGAAGAAGGAGUUUGAGCGCUACGGCUACCCGUCCAAUGACACGCUACAUGAGAACAUGGCGGCGGAUAUCUUUGAAAAAGAGGACAAAAACAAGGACGGCUUCAUAUCGUCAAGAGAGUUCACGUACAAACAUGACGAACUGUGACAUGGCGGCUGGAAAUGCUUGAAUGCAGAGGUUCUCAGGUUAUCUAAAGCAGUACGGGCCUGUGGAGUCUGUCAACCUGCUUGUCUCGUACAUUUUAAGCAGACCGUUUUUUUUUUUUUAUACCGAAGUUUUCCGACCUAAACUCCUACUAAAGCAAAUCUGCGGUUAACAAUGUUUGAGUUUAGACCCUCACAGAUCCAUGUGAGUUGGUACAGAGCUAUAGAGGUACUUAAAAACCAAGAAUAGCAAAGAAAGGAAAUAUUGGGCCUGUUUUAGUUACAUACCAUAGGAUAAUCGAAGACAUUUCAUUUUAGAACAAUCAGAAGUUCAGAAGAAUCAACAGAACCUGCAAAUUAUACAAACUGCCUUCAAUAUAUACAUACACCCCCACUGAUAAUUGGUUGGAUGUCAGAUAGUUGCAGAGAAACCAUGUUCUUUUCUUGACCUUCAAUGAACUCUUAGCAAAAUUCUGUUGCUGGAUGUUUUACCACCACUCCUCUUAUCAUAAUUUCCUUUUUUUUACAUGAAAAUAGCUGUUAUGCACCUUUUACUUUGACAAGACAGUCCCUAAAGCUUAUUGGUGAAUUAGGUGUAAAAGCUAGGUCUAUAUUGAGAAUCAACCAGUUUAAAUUGACUCUACUAUUUUUAAUAAGACUUAUGGUCAUUCUUAAAGAUUCAUGUUUUUAAAACUCCAAUUAUUUGUUGGAUGCAUUGCAUUAAUUUCCCCCUUGAAAACUUGUUUAAAUGCAUCCCUAUUUGCCCCAAAAUAAAGACUUAUGAUAAAAUUCUGUAAAUUUCUCACUGGAACAGUACGUGAAAUGACUCCAUUGCAUCUUAAAAAAUGCCUAAAUUUAUCUGACUAGAGAUUCCCUUUCCCUUUUCUUAGGUUUCUUACCCUGAUAGUUUUGUAAAGAUCUUUUUUUUAAAUCUAUUUUGAAAGCAAAAUUUAAACUUUUCAAAAAUGGCUGUGACUGCACAAAAUGAUCUUGAAUUUGCUUUUAAACUGGAAAAUGUGUUCAUUUUACUGUCCUUUAUGCUGUAUUCAGCAUACAUUUUUUUUUUGUAAUGUGAUCACUUUUGUUUGAACGUUUGCCACUUUCUUUUAGUUCUUGUAGUAGUUUUAGUAGUAUAAUAAUAAAAACACCAACCACUGGGUUUUCACUUGUCUAUAUGGUCUCACCACAGAUGGGGUAUAAAAGUUUGUACACUUUAUUUUCAAAUACCUUUAUUUAGUUUUUCCGAUCAGCCUUCCACACCAGACAUGACCGGAAAUGGAGUAGAGCUGUGUGGAUGAAAUCGCUUGUGUCCACUUUGGUUAAUUUUGCUGACACUUUCACAUUUAACCAGCAGGUGACACUGUCCUCCCAAGUGUUAAACUCUGGGCUGGCGGCUAUUGGAAAGAUGAGAGCAGCACCAAUCAUUUAUUAAUUGUUAAUAAAAUCUAAACCUCAAACACCCCCCCCCAACCACUACUAUGUCUGUCCUAAAACAGUUUCUAAAAUUAAAAGUCGCAGUAACUCAAAGGAGCACCACUAAUCUGUAUGUGUCUGAAUGCACAUUUUGGGUCUUUUUUAAAGCGACUUGCAGCACAACCACAAAAAAGUGCUUUUUCUUCAGCCAGUUAAGAUGUUUAAAAAGUGAAAUUGACCAAAUUCUGCAUAAAAUCCUACUUGAACGCAGCAGAACGCCUACGUCUAAGACAAGUUUGUAUGUCUUCAAAACGUUGUGGCUAUAAAGGCAGUAAACAAUCUGGUGUCGAGGUCAUUCAUGAUGACAAAAAUCUUCUUGUUCCAUCCUUCCAUUAAUGUC